AUGCCAUUAUGCGGCCGUAAAUGCUACUUUUUCGCCUAUUUUCAGGUGUAUGAGGCGGAUUUGUCACCAUCUCUGGACAUUGGUACCUCCUGUUCUGACUCUGACCAGUCGGCCUCUCCGUCCCACCAAGAAUGGCGAUAUUCCGUGCGAAAAUCGGAUUCGGCCAGUCGGAAAUUUCGCCUCAUCAGCCCCGUUGUGAUGUGUGGCCCACAGGGUUUGCGCUUUUUGCGGCCAGUCGAGUUGACCAUGCCUCGUUAUCAUCGUCCCAAUGCCGCCGCCGGUGAAGGAAGCUGUUCUUCAUCACUCUCAAGCAGUAGCAGUCACAGCAGCACUGAUGAUAACUGUGAUCCUAUUAGCAGAGAGGACAAUGAUCUCGAUCAAGCACAACCGGCCACGUCGAUCGCCAGUCGCGAGGCUCAGCAGGGGCUCUGUGAAUUGGGCGAGUCAGCGCACGAUAAUACCUUCCGAGUCAUUGAGUCAGCCUCUUCUCGCCUCGCAGACUCGGACGGUGACCUUGGCGACUACCCAAUCUCGACUGCCCCCGGCCAGAAUGCCUGGUUGACUGUUCAUCGACAGUCGUCACGUACUUAUGGGCACCGCCAUGCCAUCUCUUUGUUUCAUGCCUCGGCUCAUGCAACAGAGUCCACUGCAACCUCCGUGUUGAACUUGGACGCAUCGCCCGGGCGACCACUGAUUGACUUGAUGACACCCUGUCCCAUUAAUUUCACAUUCAGACGUUGGAAUCAACUUACCCUGACUCCGUGUUCAAUGCGUCGACCUCGACGGCAUAAAGACAAUCAUUCUCUAUUGGGCGGGCGAGAGAUAGUCAAAGAGCAGAAUGUGCAAAAGUUCGUGGAAUCCGGGCCCGUGGACAGCAUUAAUAGGGCGCCUACGAGUCGUCGUGGAUACGUGAAUCCACAACGCUGCAAUUCCUUUAUCUCAGUGCUUAUUGACCAUUUUUAA